AUGGUAAAAGGUGUAGUAAGGAGUGUUGAAUGGUGUACUAAUCCUAACAAACAGAACCGUUUCGUAGCCUGUCGAGAUCAGUUUGUAUCUACGCCUAACUCUGUUAGUGUAUGGGAAUAUGAUGAUGAUGAUCAUAAGCUAAGCGUGAAUAUGCAGAUAAGUGGAGAUAACCUACCUGGUAAAGCCUUACAAGUAAUAAUAAUACGUAAUACGUAUCACCAUAGUAUUAUCUUAUUACAGGCUAGAUGGGGAUUGUAUGAUGAGACUAUCAUAACUAUACAUGAUGAAAAAAGUGACUAUCAUAAUGCUGCUACUAGUAUAUUCAUAUGGGAUGCUACUACUGGUGAACAAUUACAGCAGAUUGAACAUGCUCAUGAGCGCCCAAUCACUAAGUGUCAGUUCUCAUCUGAUAGAUUACUCUUCGUUACUGCAUCACAGGAUAUGACAGCUAAACUAUGGAAUAUGAGAACAUGGCAAUGUAUUAAGACCUAUACUUCGGAUCGUCCUAUUAAUGAUGCCACUAUCAAUCCUCUAUAUCGUGCUGAUGAUGUUAGUGAUGAUAAUAAUAAGAUCGAGUCGAAAACAACGACGACGACCUCGACUGUCGACGACAACGAUCAUGUUGAUAUUAUUAGUAGAAGAAGACAACAUGUGAUGAUUGGUGGUGGACAACAAGCUCGUGAUGUUACUACUACAUCGGCUAAACAAGGUAAGUUUGAAUCAUGCUUAUUCCAUAUGAUAUAUGAGAAUGAGCUUGGUAAAGUAUCGGGACAUUUUGGUCCUAUUAAUACCUUAUCUUGGUCACCUGAUGGUUAUACCUUUGUAUCGGGUGGUGAAGAUGGUUAUGUUAGAGUACAUCAUAUGGAUGAUGAUUAUACUAAUGAUAAAGAGGCUUCUAAGAAAUGGGGAGAUGAACUAUGA